AUGGCUACGCCUGCUCAGCCCAUGAGUGCCGCAAAAAUUUCUCCACUUGUAGGCCGGAACGUGGCAUUCAGAGGAGCCAACAACAAAUAUUUAGGGUGGUACAAAGGCGGGUUUCUAAGAUUCUGUUACGAUGAUCUCACCAGUCCUUUGGUAAAACAUGAGCUGGUAGAGGAAAAUGGUGAUAACGAGAAUGGUGAGAGGCAUGUGCAUAUAAAGUGCUGCUUCAACCAGAAAUUCUGGAUGAAAGAAGACCCUGAGAGCGCGCUCAUCGUUGCCGAUGGAAGCUCAAGUUCGUCGAGUACUCUCUUCCGCCUUUUAUUUCACAAAGAGAAUGCUGUGCGGCUGCAUUUGGUGCAACAAAACGAGCCUUUGGCUGUAAGCAAUAACCUGGAGAGCUACUUAUUUGCCCACUCCCAGGCGGAGGGGCUCUUGUACGCCGAGUCCCUUGAUAUUCUUCCUCAAUAUGUGGCCUUCAAAGGAGAUAAUGGUUCUUAUCUGGGGUGCGCAACAGUGGGACCGUUUGCGACAACGUACUGGCUUCAGUUCAAUGCUGGCAAAGUCGCCGACCCGAACGUGCCCAACGAAGUGGAGGUCUCGUCCGAUGGCAUACAAAUUCGGCACUUGACUUACGAUAGAUACUGGAAGCGAAUGUCUGACACCUAUGUUGCGAUCGAUCCUGACGGUAAAACGGGCGAGACUGACCACCACUUCAAACCCGUUCUGGUUGAUGAACAUACCGUGGCUCUGCUGUCCCUUGGCAACAAAUUGUUCUGCUCACGGUGGUACAGCAGUUGGUCUGGCCGGCACUACUUAUGCCCGUGGGUGUCUACAAUCGACCAAUCUGCGCGUCUUACGGUGGAGGAACCCGUGGUUUGGCGCAGGGUACACUCGAUCCAGUACGACUUGGACAACGUUGAAAUCUCCGACUCCGAGCCAGUGGUUCUCCAGACCUUGUCGCACACCAACACCUCCUCGUCUACCGACACGUAUAAGAUGAUUUUUUCUCGCACUGUGAAGAAUUCAAGGACGUGGAGCAAUUCCGUGUCGUGUACCACGGGCGUGAGCGGCUCAUUCACCCUUGCGGCUGCCGAGACUUUGGGCUUUGGAUUGCAGGUCUCUGCCGAAGAGAGCCGCACGAUGAACUGGGGGGAAACAGAGGAAGAAGAAAUCACUUUCGGUGGAACUUACAGUGUCACCGCCAAGGCCGACCAAAAAGUCAUUGUUAAUCUGAUGGCCAGCGAGGCCAAAGUAUCCGUCCCGUUUUCUUACACUGAGGAAGAUCUUCUUGUCACUGGACAAUGGGUUUUCAAGAACAGAAAUGAUGGACUCUUCAGAGCAGUGAAUCAUAUUAAUCUAGAAUAUGUUGCCUCUCUCGCUUAA